GAUGGCUGACGAACCUGGUCCAGGAGGUCCAGGAGGAGAAGUAAAGAGAGAGUAUUCCUCCUUCCCACUGUCCCCCUCAAAAGGUAGAAGGGUGAGUGAAGCGCAGGUGCCGCCAUGUCAGUGCAUGCCUAACAUCGAAGCCGCGCGGUACGUUAGACACAAUUGUCCAGAAUAUCGAAAACAUGUAAAAAUUGCGUAUAAAUAUUACGCAAUUGUAAUCACCCAUUAAUCCGAGCGAAGAGCAUCCAUUAAAGUCAAUGGAUAAAUAUUAAAAUAAUUAUGGAAUAUGCAACAGUCAUUGAACUUUUGCCUACAGUGCGUUGAAAAUAAAAGCCUGUGAGGAAUCUCGAGGGCAGGUUGUCUGUGUUGUGCUACAAAAAUAAAAGAGAUUGUGCUCCAGAGGGAGAUAUUGUCAUUUAGACAAUAAAAAGAGUGAAAUAGAAAGUCAAUCCAUUGGUUUAUGGUUGUGAAAAAAAGUAAAAAAACCACAAAUCAUUGUUUGUCCAUUGAGUGUGUUGAGUGGUUUGGGUUAUUGGAGUAAAUAAUUUAUUAAAAUCAGGUGAAUAAGUCUGUGUCGAUGGUGAUUGUGAUAUUUCGUGAUGUGAUAGUGAAUUUGUGAAUUUUGGGUGGGGAGUGGGAGGGAGUGAAGACGAAAAGAUAGGAAGGUCCAGUAGGACGUUGAGAUUUAGCCAGGAAUGGAAGGAAGAUAAUACACGGAGAAUAUGGAGGCAGGGACAUCGGUAGCAGGACUACGUACUCCAUUCCUGCUCCUGAUUCUCUUCUCACUGUUAUCACUGUCGAAAAUUCAAUGUGAACUUGUACAACAUCUGGAGAUAUCAGAAUCUGCACCAGCGGGGAGUCGUGUGGGUUUCAUAGACGCUGAGAGUCCUCCAUUUCUGAUAGUACCAGUUCCAGGUUCACCAGUAAAAACAGAUCUUAUUAUCGAUCCAUCGACUGGUGAAAUAAGAACAAAAGUUGAUUUAGAUCGUGAAAGUCGUCCCUCGUACAGUCUAGUUGCACUGCCACAGAAUGUUCGUGUUGUAAUUAAAGUACUGGAUGAAAAUGAUAAUUCUCCGACAUUUCCAGUCGAUCAUAUUGACGUUGAAUUCCCGGAGAAUUCACCACGUGACUCAAAACGAGCCCUACCACCAGCCAAAGAUUCAGAUCUUGGUCAAUAUUCAACGCAAAAAUAUGAAAUUAUAAGUGGUAAUGAUGGAGAUGUCUUUAGACUGUCACAGCAUCGUGGAAGGGACGGAGUGUUGUACCUGGAUUUACAGAAUUCUGCGUCACUCGAUCGAGAAGCCAAAUCGUCCUAUCAACUGGUUAUCGAAGCACUCGAUGGAGGAAUUCCACCGUUGAAUUCUCGGUUACGUGUCAAUGUUACUGUCCAAGAUGUCAAUGACAAUCCUCCAAUUUUUAAUCAAACAAGAUAUACAGCAAGUGUUCCAGAGAAUUCAACAGUUGGUACACCAGUUAUUGUUGUCAAUGCAACGGACUCGGAUGCUGAUGUCAAUGGAAAAAUUGAAUACUCCAUCAAUCGAAGACAGAGCGACAGAGAAGAGAUGUUCAAAAUUGAUGGACAGAGUGGAAUGGUUUAUGUUAAUAAACCUCUUGAUUUUGAGGCUAAAGAGAGACACGAGUUGGUGAUUGUUGCGAGAGAUUUGGGGGCACAACCCCUCGAAGCAAGUACAUUUUUAUCAAUUUAUGUGACAGACGUUAAUGACAAUCAGCCAGCGAUAACAGUUAUAUUUUUAUCUGACGAUGCAACACCCAAAAUAAGUGAGAGUGCACAACCUGGUGAAUUUGUUGCUAGAAUAUCAGUGAGUGAUCCUGAUUCAAGAACCGAAUAUUCAAAUGCCACUGUUACAUUGUCUGGUGGUGGUGGACACUUUGGAUUAGCUACUAGAGACAAUAUUAUUUAUCUUGUUGUUGUUGAGAGGCCAUUGGAUAGAGAGGAGAAAUCAAUUUAUGAUUUAUCGGUUGAAGCAACUGAUACUGGAACACCACCGUUACGUGCAAUUAGAACAUUUAGAUUACUUGUCACUGAUGUUAAUGACAAUGCACCAACAUUUAUCGAGGAAAAAUAUGAAGCUCAUCUGCUUGAAGCAUCUGAACCUGGUACACCUGUUUUACGGGUUAAAGCCACUGAUGCCGAUGAGGGUAUGAAUUCAGCGAUCAAAUAUUCUCUCAAGAAUACGAGUUGGUUUAAGAUUGAUGAGGAUAGUGGUUUGAUAAGUACUGUUACACAUGUUGAUUGUGAGACAGAUCCAACGCCUAUAUUAAUUGCAAUAGCCACUGACUCGGGGAGACCGUCAUUGAGUGGUAGUGCCAUUGUGAGAAUUACUGUACAUGAUCUUAAUGACAAUGAACCCAUCUUCGAGAGGCCACUUUACAAUGCUACAGUUGUUGAGAAUCUUUCCAUUGGGAGCUGCUUUGCUAAGGUACUAGCGACGGACCCCGACUGUGGUAUCAACUCGAUGGUAAACUACACCCUGACGACAGCUGGUCGACUAGCGAAUGAACAACUCUUCGUGCGAAGUGACACCGGUGAGAUCUGCGUGAGAUCACCAUUAGAUCGUGAGGUAGCCCCAUACUUGGAGCUACCAGUUAUUGCAACAGAUAGAGGCGGCCUGAGCACAACGACGAUAGUCCGAGUGACCGUGAACGACGUAAACGACAAUCGUCCAAUUUUCAACCCUCUCGAAUACAACACAACAAUUCGUGCAGAUUCAACCUCAACCGGUACAAUAUUAAAAGUCACAGCGAAGGACUUGGACGCUGGACUAUUCGGCCAAAUUGCGUAUCGAAUAAUAAGCGGGAACGAAGGCGGUGUAUUCAGAAUUGACCGAACAACUGGUGAACUACAAGUAGCACGACCCAGCCUCCUAACACGAUCAACGAUCCAUCAGUUAAACGUCACAGCAACCGAUGCUGCAGGUCUGAAGAGCGCCCUGGAUGCCAGUGUUCGUAUAGCUGUGUCAGUGGGGCAGAAUUUGCCAAUUUGUCAAAAGCCCAGAUACGUAAUUACAGCUAAAGAGAAUGUCCUUCAGAACAGCAUUGUCGGGGAUAUCAAGGAAUCAACAGAAUCAACUUCUGGAUCACGAGCGAGUAAAUUUUUCCUGGCAACAGGUGGUGACGAAUUCUCCAUCGAUCCCAACUCCGGAGUUCUUCGCACCAGGAUAUCUUUCGACCGAGAAGUCAAAUCCAACUACAUCCUGAGUGUAGGAUUGCGAAACGACGUUGGCAUCGGUUAUUGUCAGGUGGCAUUGAGCAUCGAAGACGUCAACGACAAUCCCCCCUCGUUCCCCACGUCGUCUGUUCGUAUAUCAGUCGCCGAAUCCCACCCCCUGCACACAGCCCUGUACGUCGCACACGCCAGUGAUCCAGACGUGGUUCCAGCAACUCCAAUCCGCUACAUCCUGACCCAAAACAGCAACGAACUCUUCGGCAUCGAUGCCCACAACGGUGAAUUAUAUUUAACCCGACGAUUGGACUACGAGACCCAGCAACGUCACACACUGCUGAUAAGUGCAUUGGAUGGUGGUGGUCUUUCAGCGAAUCUCAGUCUCAGUGUUGAAGUUCAGGACGUGAACGACAACCCCCCGGUGUUUGAAAGAAACGAGUAUCACGUUGAGAUUCUCGAAGGCGCCACGCUCGAUUCACAGGUUUUGCAAGUGACAGCGUUGGAUUUAGAUACUGGCAAUAAUGCGAGAAUCAGUUAUCGUCUCCAGGGCUCUUCAUCAUUUCGCAUUAGUCCCAACACAGGAUGGAUAUAUCUCACUCAAACCCUUGACCGUGAAACAACAGAUCGUUACGCACUGACAGUACUUGCUACUGACAAUGGUAGUCCAGCUGCAACAGCAACUUCAUCAGUUUUAGUAACAGUACAGGAUGACAAUGACAACAGUCCACGGUUUACCAAGGAUUUCUAUUCAUUCGAACUCCUUGAGAAUCUACCAUCCGGUACAUUAGUUGGUACUGUCACAGCGUCUGAUCCUGAUCUUGGUAAGAAUUCACUGCUGAGAUACACCGUCGUUCAGCAUAACAGCAGCUUUGCCAUCGAUCCUGAUACUGGUGAAAUAAUAACGAGAGAACCACUAGAUCGUGAGCUUAGGAGUCUCCACGAACUUGUCCUUGAAGCGAGAGAUCAUGGGAGCCCUUCAAAAGCAGCUAGAGUACCUCUACGUGUAUCGAUUCUCGAUGUCAACGAUAAUUCACCUGAAAUUGUUGAUCCCCAGGGGGACAUUGUGAGUGUCCGCGAGGAGCAACCAGUUGGUACAGAGGUAGCACGAGUUAGAGCACUGGACGCUGAUCUUGGUGAAAAUGCUACCAUCACUUACAGUAUUUUGAAAGAUCGAGACUCGGAUGGCUACAAUGUCUUCACCAUAGAUCCAAUAACAGGCAUGAUCAGGACCAAAUAUGUUCUUGAUCAUGAAGAGAGAGAUGUCUACAAGGUGUCGGUUAAAGCAAGUGAUGCUGGCAGACCGUCGAGACACAGUAUUCGAAUACUCAGAGUGGAAGUACUCACUCUGGCUGAUAACAGACCAACAUUCACAAGUAGCAGUCUAACUUUUCAUAUUCGCGAAGAUGCGAGCAUUGGACAGGUGGUGGGAUCUGUCUCUGGAGCAGGACCUGCAGGAAGAGUUGCUUAUACACUCACAUCACUGACACCUGUGACUCAACAUCCUGCGUUUGAUGUUGACAGAUCAUCGGGUCAGAUUGUCGUGGCCCAUUCGUUGGAUAGGGAGAAUGUGAGUGAAUAUCAGUUGGAGAUUAGGGCCCUUGAUACAACGUCUAUUGGGAAUCCCCAGAGUAUCGCAGUUUCUGUUAAAAUUUUCAUCGACGAUGCGAAUGAUAAUUCUCCAAAGUGGCCGCAAGAUCCUCUUUUCAUUAGGGUCUCAGAGGGCUGUUCAAUUGGCAUGACAAUUUAUAAUCUGACUGCCACCGAUGCUGAUGCUGGCGAUAAUGGAGAUCUUCGCUAUGAUCUGGUCUCUGAAUUCCCAAAUGGUGGGAUAUUUUCGGUUGAUUCACUCACUGGUGCCCUCACUAUCAUGAAGACAUUGGAUCGUGAAGAGCGAAGUGAGUUUACACUACUGUUGAGUGCAACUGAUGGUGCACCUGUUGCCGAGAGACACACGACAACUGUCACAGCCAAGGUGGCAGUAUUGGAUCAAAAUGAUAAUGACCCUGUGUUCAUCGCUCCCAAUAAUACGAAAAUUUCAGUAACACCGGAUCUGCUGCCUGGGGCCAAUAUCGUGAGGGUGAUAGCGACUGACAGAGAUACUGAUAACAACGCUCGUAUAUCAUAUGUCAUUACAUCGGGAAAUGAAGAUUCAAGUUUUGCGGUUGGAUAUGAAUCUGGAUUAGUGACACUCGUUCGUCCACUUAUCAAGGAUACAAUACUUCAAAUAACAGCCAAUGAUCACGGCUCUCCACCUCGUCGUGCAAUUCUCAAUUUAACAAUAUCAAUGGCUAUCGGUCAGAGCAAUGGACCACCACGGAUACUCCUGGAAGAUCCAGUUGUACGAGUUUCUGAACAUCUUGAUGUUGGUGGAGCCAUUAUCAACGUUGCAGGACCAGCACUGGGGAAUCAUGCUAACGUAAGCUUUCGCAUUCCCGAUGGUGUGGGUGCCAACAAAUUUUCAAUAUCUCCGAGUGGAUUGGUGACCCUUGCUGAGGCCCUUGAUCGUGAAAAUACGGAAUACUAUUAUGUACCUAUUCUGGCUAAAUCCAGUAAAUUACUCGAUUUAACAACGUUGAAAAUUGUUGUUGAAGAUGAGAACGAUAAUGCACCUGAAUUUCGUACUGGAGCUUGUUACACACUGGCUGUACCUGAAAAUCAAGAAAUAUCGAUAAUACAUACCAUUGCAGCUGUUGAUCUCGAUAGUGGCAAGAAUGGAGAUAUAACUUAUAGCAUAAUAGGAGGCAAUGACGGAGGCAAAUUCCGACUCGAUCCGGCCAGUGGGGACCUAUCGGCGACGAGUUUGGACUGCGAAACUGUCUCCAGAUACAUCCUAACAAUAUCUGCUCGUGACAAAGGACAUCCCAGUCUAGAGGCUCACUGCAACAUAUCUAUAAUUGUCCUAGACGUUAACGAUAAUUCACCGACAUUUGCACCAAACCACCGUGACACUCUUCGGCUGACAAAAUCCCCGGAGUAUCCAACUUUUACUCAAUCAUUUCAUCAGUAUUAUCCUAAUUAUUCCGGUAAAUACACCACAACUAUUUCCGAGGAUGUGCCCACUGACUCGUCAGUGAUGACAGUCCGAGCCACCGAUCCGGAUCAGGGAUUUAAUGGGAAAAUAACGUAUACCAUUGCUGAAGAGACAACGUGGCUCUUCAGGGUUGACAACCUCACUGGUGUCAUUACUACCGCUGGGCAACUGGACCGUGAACGCCAGGCAACGUAUAACUUCCUAGUGGUUGCCACUGAUGGUGGUUUGUACGAUGCAAAAAGUACAACGAUACCAGUCGAGAUAAAUCUGAGUGACGUCAAUGACAAUUCCCCAGUUUUCGAAAUAAAUCCAUUCCGAGCAACAGUGCCAUCAUCCACCCAACCUGGUCACAAUAUUCUCCAAGUAAAAGCUAAAGACAGUGACGUUGGUAUCAACGGAGAAAUCAUUUACUCAUUUUCUCACGAAGAGGAGAAGCCAAAAUUCCGGAUUCAUCCGACCACUGGUGUGAUAACAGCCACCACAACCCUCGUCCAAGAAUUCGGCAGAACAUUUCAUCUUUCGGUAAUUGCCAGGGACCGAGGGAAUCCCCCAAAGUCGUCGACAGCUCUGAUUGAACUCAAAGUCGGUGAUGCUGAUGACCUCAAUCCAAUGCUGAUGUUCCAAAAUAACACAUACGAGGCUGUCAUACCGGAAAAUUCGCCCUUCAACACUGAGAUCAUUCGAGUGACAGCUGUGAGAUCAGAUGGACGUCGACAGCACAUGUCUUAUUCAAUAGGCACUGGUAAUGAGUACGACACGUUCAUCAUCGACGAGGAGAGUGGUACUGUUAAAGUUAAUGAUCCAUCGAGACUCGACGCUGAGUUGUCGAUGAAUUUUGAUGAUCACCACAAUCUCUGGAAAAGCAAUUCGGAUAAUCACAUGUCCAAGGACAUUCGAGUAUCAUCAAGUAGAAUUUUGACGUUAGUCGCCAAGACAACUGGGCCAGAUCCCCUGGAAGCUUAUGCCAGACUGGUGAUCCGGAUAUCUGAUGUCAACGAUAAUCCACCAAUUUUUACCCAGAGCCAGUACUCAGCGACAGUCCUCGAAGGAAAUGCCAAAGGAAAUUUCGUCGUUAAACUCUCAGCAAGUGAUGCUGAUCAGGGAGUCAACAGUAAAAUUCUUUACCACAUCGUGGACGGUAAUCCUGACAAUGCUUUCAUCAUCAGUCCACCUUACAGUGGUGUAGUGCGUACGAAUAUUGCACUGGAUCGAGAAAUUCGGGAGAAGUACAGAUUAACGAUAAUUGCAACUGAUCAGGGAAAUCCUCAACUCACUGGGACAACAGCCCUGAGCAUUCGAGUGAUUGACGUCAAUGACAAUCAGCCAACCUUUCCGGGACACAAUGUGAUAUCCAUUCCAGAAGAUACUUCGGUCGGAGCAGUAUUGACCACGAUGACUGCCAACGACGUUGACAGCUCCCCAGCUCUGACCUAUCGCUUCGGUAAGACCACCGAGUCAGUUCCCUUCAGCAUCGACCGAUACAGUGGUAAAGUGAUCCUGAGACAGCCCCUGGACGCCGAGGAACGCUAUGAAUACAGUCUCCAAGUGAUCGCCAGCGACGAAAUCCACGAGACCACCACCGAACUAGUUGUCAGACUGACAGACGUCAAUGAUAAUGCCCCGAGAUUCCACCAAAAUGCCUACAUCACGACAUUGUCAGAGGGUCCAGACAAUCUCGAAGAAAUAGCGAUAGUCAAUGCAACAGACGACGAUUUCUUGGAAGUCAACAGGAUGAUACGUUAUUAUUUACCCCACCCAGUGGAAGGAUUCUCAGUUCAUCCUGACACAGGAGUAGUGACUGCCAAUAAAUCAGCUCUGAGUCGACCACUGCCAAAAGACAUUGAACUGACAGUAGUUGCUAAAGAUUCUGGCAAACCGCCCUUGUCGUCUAAUUGUUCAGUGAUCAUUAGACUGAGUGGACUCAGGAGUUCCUCAUCAAACAAGGAAUUCCAACUGAACAUCAGUGAGAACGCAACGAGAGGAACGACGAUCCUAAAAUUAACAGAUGUAGGACUACUCGAUGGAGUCAUUGUAUCCGGAGAUGACGGAACGUUCGAGGUAUCCAGAGGUGACCUAAUACUGAUAAAAAAUCUCGACCGAGAGACCAAAGACAAAUACGUCCUACACUUGAGUUCUAAAGCCUCAAACAGAUCAUCCGACAGUCUGUCUACCUCUGAUGUGAUCCUGAUAUCAAUUGAUAUCUCCGAUGUCAACGAUAACUACCCAGUUUUCGUGGAGAAGAGUCGUGAAGUAUCAAUCCCAGAAGACUCACCCCCUGGGACGAAUCUCCUGAGUGUUCUUGCUACUGACAAUGACUUAGUCAAAACCCCAGCAUCAACGAUUUCUUAUUCAAUCACUUCUGGCAACGACGUUGGCCUCUUCACAGUCAACAGCACGACGGGGACUAUUUUCGUGAAUUCCACCCUGGACUGCGAUCUCUCCCCACAAACGUACAGUCUCAUCGUCCUGGCAUGUGACACUGACACGAAUCCCCUCUGUACCCUCGCAAAAAUCAGGAUAAACCUCGAAGAUGUGAAUGACAAUUCUCCGAGAUUCGCUGUAUCAGAAUAUCUUGAAUUCGUCGGUGAAAAUGAAGCAAUCGGCACUCGCGUAUUCUCUGCAAUGGCAUCAGAUCUUGACAGAGGAAUAUUUGGCAGUGUCAACUACUCAAUAGUCUCAGCAGCAGCAUCAGGCUUCUCGGAGAUUGACGACAGUUGGAAGCUCUUCAACGUCGAGGCAACCACUGGAUCCGUAACAACUCGUGCGAUAUUCGACUAUGAGCAGAGAAAUCGUUACGCAUUCACCCUGAAAGCGACUGACACUGGGGGUAGAACAGCUGAGGUGCGAGUUCGCAUUGAGAUUGACUCGAGGGAUGAAUUUUACCCACAAUUCACCGAACGAAUGUACAAAUUUACUCUUAGAAAUGGUCAGAGUCAAGUUGGUAGUAUAAUUGGGCAUGUGACAGCAACAGACAGAGACAAAGGUCCUGAUGGGAGAGUUGUCUAUCAAUUGACAUCUCAGCAUCCUUACUUCAAGAUCAAUAGAACAACUGGGACUCUUAUUCUGAAGAAGAAAUUUCAUUUUGAUGCUAUAGAGGAGUCUUCCAGACUAGUGGUGUCAGCCAGCUCUGGCAGACAAGGCUCUCUGUUCAAUAUGACUGUCGUGGAAAUUCGAUUUGAUAAUAAUGAUAAUGAAAAUAGUGUUUAUGGUGGGGAGAAUUCGCUCGCAACGCCCAGUAAUUUAGGAACGAACAUGGCAAUUGCGACGUCAUCAGGACUUGCAGACUGGGCCCUGGGACUUCUGAUUACUCUAGUGCUGUUGAUAGCCAGUUUUGGAGCGAUAUUUUUAUUCCUUCACUUCAGGAGUAAAAAACUUAAGAAUAAUACGAAACCUGGUCUCACUGGGGAGAGCAAUGCGACGAGCUCCAACAGUUACGUGGAUCCGAGCGCCUUCGAUACAAUUCCAAUAAGAAGUGUCGGAAAUGUCGGAAAUUGUAGUAAUGUCGGUGGUUCAAAUAGUACUGGAGGUGGGGGUGGGGGCUGUCAAUUUGCACCCCCCAAAUACGAUGAGAUACCGCCAUAUGGGACCUCCGGGCAGGGACAACAGCACGCCACUUCGGAGAUAUCGGGAAGUGAUCAGAGUGGAUCGUCUGGACGAGGAUCAGCUGAGGAUGAUGGUGAGGACGAGGAGAUCAGAAUGAUCAAUGAGGGACAAACAACAGAUUCAGCUAGUGAUCUGUCUGUUCAUAAUACGCAAGAGUAUCUGGCGAGACUUGGCAUUGUUGAUCCACCAAGUGGUACACCUAGACGUCCACCAGAAGCUCUACCACUUGACAGUUUACAUUUGUUCGAGGACGAAGCUGUUACUGAGGCAGAAAUAGCGACGCUGAUUUAUGGAAAAAUAGGAAGUGAGAGUGGAGGACCAGCGUCGGGUCUUGGGGUACCAGGAGGGCCAUCCAUGAAUGGUUCAUUGAGUUCAAUAGUACAUAGUGAAGAGGAACUUACUGGUUCUUAUAAUUGGGAUUACCUUCUCGAUUGGGGGCCUCAGUAUCAACCUUUGGCUCAUGUUUUUGGUGAAAUAGCGAGGCUCAAAGACGAUACUGCUAGUUUUCAUUCGACAAAUUCAAGUGGUAGCGCCAGAUUAAAAAGUGUACAUAAGGCACCACCACCUCCACUGCUGACAUCAGUUGCUCCUAGAUCAAUGGCAGCACCAGCACUUGCCAGGGGGAUUCUUCCAAGAUCACCAAUCAGUCAUGAUGCCUCGACAUUUCCAUCAGCUGCACUGAGUCCAAGUUUCUCACCAUCGUUGUCACCACUAGCCACUAGAAGUCCCAGUAUCAGUCCCCUGGUGCCAACGUCAGCACCGAGACAAGGAGGCAACAGAAUGCCGGUUGUCGAUAAUGAAUUGAGGAUUUAGAACUGAAUGUUUUAUUUAAUUUAUUUCAACGAAAAUAUCAUGCUCAACUUCAUUGAUAUCAUUUGACAAUUAGGAGACAAUUGAUUUUAAAUGCUUUGAGACUUCAAUUGUUUAUGAUUCAUUAGUUGUUGUAAUAUAACGUGUACAUGUCCUAUUAUUUUUGAAUUUUGAAGAAAAUCAUUCCGAUCGAUUGCAAUACUGUAAAUAUUUCAUUGACAUUCGAUUGAUCGACGGUUAUCAGACUGGCAAUUUAGAUUUAAGUAGCAACUGUAUAUAAAUUAUAAAUUUUUUCUUCCUUCUCAUCAUUAAUCAUUUUUCGUGAUAACAAAAAUGUGAAUUUUUUCUCAUGUGACUGACAUUCAAUUGCUAUUCAACGCGAUUUAAAAAAUUGUAUAGAUUUUUUGGCAGUCUCGUGUGAUGAAUUGAGAAGAGCUUCGAUUGUAAAGUGUUCGUCCAGAAGCCACUCCAUCAUUUAAUCACCAAGAAAGAACUGAUUCUUAUGGUACGACAGUUUAAGAAUUUUUCUAGAGAUAAAAUAUUUUGUACGAUAUUGUCUUAGAUUAUUGUAUAAAAAAAAAUCUGUCACCAAGGGAGACGGAGAAUUCUUGCAGUUAUAGUAAAUGAAUUUUUUAGUGAAAAAAAA